AUGGCCAGCCUUGGCCUCGGCACCUGCAUGUGUGUGCUCCGGAGGCAGCUUCUCUCGGCGCCGUGCCGAACAGCUACAAGCCCCCGGCUCUUCGAUGCGACUCGAUCAAGACUUAUCAGCAGCACUGCCUUUCGACUCAAUGACGCAGCGAAAUCAGCGCCCAAAACGAUCAAGCCCUCCGCGCCUGCGCCGCGAGCGAAAUCGCAGCCUUCACCCCCGCGCGGCGGGCCGGCGCCGACGCGAUAUGCCUUUAUCAAGAGCCUGGGCUCCAAGACGACACCGACGAUGUUAUAUGAAUCGCCCUCACACUUUUGGUUCUACUUCGGCUGCUGGUCAAGCGGCAUCUCAAUCUUGGCCUGGACAGUCUUGACAGGCCCUACGGUUGUGCAGCAACCUCAAGGCAUCCCCUCUUGGGUGGGUUACGUCUUUGGCGCUGCCUAUGUGCUGCUGGGCUCCAUGGCUUUUUACCUCAUAUCCAAGACGCCCAACGUUGUCCGGACGAUUCGCCUUUUACCCAUUGUAGCAUCAACAGCGCCGGCCGUCACGCCCCGCGCCGCCGCUGCUGCUGCUGCUGCUGCUGCUGCUGCUGCUCGACCUGUGACUGCCGCCGGCGCAGCUACGGUCAUGCCCCAGCUCGAAGUGACAGUCAAUCGCAUGAUGCCCAUAUUGAGCCCCAAAAUUAUUGUCACGAGCUUGGACAAUGUCGCCCUCAAGUCGCGCUUCUCGCUGCCGGACGAGUACGUGCCCGAGCUGAAGCGCCAGGAGCAGGAGCGCGCGGUGGAGGAGGCGCGCGCCAAGCAGCGCAAGUUUGACAUGCAGCAUCUGCUUACGAUGCCUUUUCGGCAUAUCUCGCGUGCUUUUUCUGGAUUCUUCCGAGGAGUGCGCGCGGCGUGGACGGACAUGGGAUUUGCCACGAUCAAGGUGGGGGACAAGGAGUUCAAGGUGGACGUGACCAAUGGCUUUGCGCAUGAGGGAUUCAGGACUUUGGAGCGACUUGUCCCAGUUGGCUACAAGACUAACUAG